AUGCUGCAACAUCGAAUGCUAUCCAAAGACGAGGAGGCCUCUGCAGGCGGCGAGGACAACGAGGUCCGUCGCGAAGAUCAAGAGAAAAUCAAUCGAUUCAGCAGACUGCAUCAGCGGGAAACUGUGCUCGAAGAGCGGUUGAAAGGGAAACAAAAAGAUAAAGAAGAUCUCGAAGAAAUAUCAACCGAAUUAGAACUAGCAGAUGAAGAUGAAUUAGUACCAUACAAAAUUGGAGACUCAUUUGUCCACCUCCCUCUCACCGACGCACAAUCACUUCUCUCCACUUCCUCGUAUGAGAUUGAUGAAGAAGUCUCACGCCUUGAAGACUCGCUGGGGGAAUUGCGCGAGGAAUUGUCGCAGUUAAAAGCUGCUCUUUAUGCGCGAUUUGGGAAGGCUAUUAACUUGGAUGUCUAA